UUGUGUGUGUGUGUUGGGGUCUAUAAAAAUGUGGCUUGUGCCAGGAGACCUGCAGAAGCUUCAAGAAAGUGAUGAUCAUGAGGGUGCUGGUGAGUUUAGUACCCUUCGUCCUCAUGGUGUGGUGUGGACAAGAGACAACGGCACUUCCCAUAGAGGAUAACCUAGGAUUGCAGCACAACCGGGAGUUGACUGUGGAGCAGAGGGACCUGUUGAAGACGUUGUCGGGGCUGAAUGAGCUGACAUCCAAGUAUAUGUAUCCGGAUCAACAGCUCCACAGAGAGCUGCAGGACAGAUCUCUCAGAGCUCAAGUUCCUGCCAAAGUGAGAUCCCCCUGUAAGAAGUUAUUUUGGAAGACCUUCUCAUCCUGCUAGCAAAGGCACUAGCAGACAGCUGCUGGCAGUCACAGUCCACACCCUGGCCUCUUAGCCACAUUGCAUGAGCAAUACUCAAUUACUAUGAAUAAACUGCAACUAAAGAAAAACUAAUUCUGAUUAAUGACUGUGUGAUGCAGUACCUCUGCCUAUACUGCAUCUCUCCUAGAAUGUAGGGCAGGCAAGUGGCAUUAUCUUACUAUUGCAGUGGUCUUUCUUUAUUAUUUUUCUUUUCAGGGAAUGUUUAAGGUGUAGAAUUACAAGUCCUUGCUAUUAACUGUUUUGCAUGGAUUUAACAUGGUUUAUUGUUACUGUGUCAGCAAAAGACAACACUAUGAAGCCUUCAUACUGUCAUUACUUAAC